ACAUCCACUGUCUGUAUUAAGUAUGGAUAGUUCAAAUCUAUUAAAGUAGCAUUGUGUAUUGUAAAUUAAAUCUCAAAACUUUGUGCUAUUUUUAAGCUCAUUUAUGUAAGGUGCAUUGUUCAGAAAAGAAAAUGGUGCAGAUGGGUUACAAGGAUUUUUACCAAGCCCUUAUUAUGAUAAGCAUGACUUUUUUUUAUGAUAAACAUGAAUUUUUAAAAUAAAAAUUACUCCUGGUUUUUAAAGCAAAUUGAAAUGUUUGUCGCAGAGGCUGGAUUAGUUGGAACACUUCUUGAGCCUAUUUAUACCAGAUCUCAGUGGUGCCAGUUCUAAUACUAACCAUGAUAGUUACACUGGAGAAGUGCACACAAGGUUUUUCUGUGGUUUGUAGUCAGAAACACUCCAAAAAAUAAUGUGUGCUAUAUUUUGCCAUGUGUGCUCAUAAUAAAAAAAACAAAACAGCAUAUCCUGCACAAUGUGACCUAGAGCACAGACUUAAACAUAUUGUGGGAUAAACAAAAUUUGUGAUUAUGCUAAUAAUAAUCUGAUGGUCAGUAUUGGUAGUCAAAUGAUACAUUUACUAACAGAUGUGUGCCAGUGUUUAAAUGUGCUUUAUACUCAUGAGAACACACAGCUGUUGGUACCUUCUGCUAGCACUAAUUUGUGAGAAACUGAUGUAGUUUGGCUGUAACAGCUGGGAGUUAAGUCAUGAUUUCAACUACAUCAUGACCGUGUGAUGCACAAGCCCAGGCAUGUCGUUAGGUUGGGUAAGUGGAAUGUGCAAGAUAAAGAGCGAUUCAUAAAUGCAUUAUUAAAUCUGUUUAAAAGAAAACAAAUGUUUGUGAUAUUUGUCUUGAUGAUGGAUAAUGAACUGUUUUACCCUGUAUAUGCCAGAUUGUUGGGAGGAGAAUGUUUUUGUAAUAUGAUGGCAAUGAAAUAUUAGUUAGCAUUAAUAUAAGCUUUAAAUGAGGAAAUUUUACUGACCAUACUGUGGGUUAUGCAUUUUACAUUUUACAAUGAUGCACUGUGAUGGGCAUAGAUACAUGUAAUUCUCUGAAUCAAGGGGGAGCUUCUUUCUCCUGUGUGCUCGCAUACCAAGACCAUUCAACAAAGUGAAUGGAUUGUUUGUUUAUAGCCAGUGUUCCCUGGAUCCUUCAAUGCCAGCACUGUUAAGACAAGGGAGUCCAGUGUCAUGACAUACAAACAGUUGGUCUAUGGCUGUCACUGGGUCUAGUAGUACCACUGGGCACUCUGCAGGUUUGAUUACAUGAUCAAUCUGAUCAGUAGCAAAAAGGCUCUUUUUAGAAAAAAUUUCAGUUACAUCUUGCCUAAGCUUGAAGGAAGGAUCUUAGGGGACUUAAGCACAAGGGAGAGAUCCCAUGCUGGGCUGUUCACAAAUUCACACUGAUAGGGUCCCUAUCCUUUUCAGAAAGGUAGUAAUACAGUUAUGAGCCCCCAGUGAUAUGUACCUUUUAGUGUAGAAAGGGCUUAAAAGGGCCUUUUUCCUGGACUGUAAGGUCAGAGUCCUCAGUCUGUGCUUCAUCCUGAGGGGCCAAAAUCCCAUUGGUGUUGAAUCUUUCCGCCCUUUUGUAAAAGCAGGCCUGCUUGGGGGAGGAACCUGCAUGGACAUUCUGACCACAAGCAAAAGUAUGCCUUGUAUUAUGGGAAGAAAUACGGAAUAUGUCUGAGUCAAUUGGGAGCCAAUGCAGCCAGUCCAAGUGGGCUGUCUAGUGUCACCAAUCACAAUCUGUAGUUAGUUGAUGUGACAUUGGUGAAAAGGUGCACAUGUACCUUGCCAAAUAUGUCCAAUUCCCUGUGACUUUUGUACAGUCUAAUAGGUGUGUCGUGCGUCUAACCAUGGGUGGGCCCACCUGCAAAAAGAGCCACAUGACAUGCCACCAUGAUUAUUCAUAUCUCUAAGCAGACUAGCACAUGAUUACCUCUCAGAACUGGUCAAAAUUUAGGGUCAUAUGGACUGCCCUCAAUUCUAAGUAGUCGAUGUGUUUUGUUCUCACACUGAGGAGCCACACUGCCCCCAGCCAGUGAGUGCGGCGUCCAUGGUCUCUCAGAUGGGACACUGCUGCCAGCGUGGACCCCUUUUGUUAGGAUUGCCUCACGCCGCUAUUAAGCUAGAACCUGUGCCUUUUCUCCGAGAUGAAGUCAUGUCUUUGCUUGUCUAGGCUGAUAACCCAUUUCUGAAAUUUCCUUAAUUCCACCAGACCCAAGGAAACUACAGCUGUGGCUGCCAUCAGCAAUCCUUGUAUCCACAGCAUGAACUGGACUGAAAACAGCGGCCAGGAUGAAUCUGAUUGAGCUCAGUGAUCUGCUCAGGCAUAAAAGCAUCCGGGAAGGACGAGUUCUGAUGAUUACCUCUUUGUGGAUACUAGUAUUCAAGAUGAGACUAUCUGGCUCUUGUGUCAGGCUUGUUCUGUUGAUGCUGGUGUUUAUAACAGUUGUGUCUUCAGCAGUUAUGAAAGGCCAGAACAAAGACUUUCUAAACUUUUUAAAUGAAGCCUUUGAUAGGAACAGCCCUGAGCCAGCGGUUGUAAGUGUCUCAGAUCCAUCAAAUGCUGUUGGUCUUCCAGACCCAAUAGCAGUGUGCUCAAUGUCCACUCCAAUGGAUAACCCUUCUGAAUUAUUUAGUUUGACUCCAGAGACUGAUUCACUGGAAUAUCCAGACACUGCUGAUGAAAAAUCUCAAGAGAACAGCAAAUCUGAUGAUCGAACAGAGGAUUAUGACCAACGAAGUUCAAAGAAAAGAAACAAACUACCUGAAACCUCAGGAUUAGACCACGAUUCUGCUGACAGUAAAAGUGCAGAAAGGACAUACAUGGACAAAUAUGUUAAGAUAGAGAAGCAACCCAGCAAAACACAAGUUCCAUUAACAGAGAACAGGAGCAGCCAGGAGAUGUAUGGACCUUGGGAUUCCGUGAGAGACCAAGAGUGGAAAAGGAGGAUGGACCUUGAGAGAGGACACAGAGUGACUCAAAUCACUGAGGCCAUUAAAAUGAACAGUUAUGUACCUGACCAAUCCCAGGCUAAAGGAAGUAACAGAAAAGAGAAGACCAAGAUGAGAGAAAACAGUGACUCAACCCCACUGAAUGAUAGCCAGAAUAUUAUUGAUCAGAGUCAGGAGUGUGUGGAUAUGUCCAGCUGGAUGAUGGGAUAUCCAGAUGAGGAGAACACUAGUGUACGUGGUGCAGGUGUAGAUCCACAGAGUGAAGAGGGAAUCACAAAUUAUGAGCGCCAACCAAAGAAAUUGUGUGCUUCUAGAAAGAGACUGAGUACACCAAAAACUCAGAGUGAGCAGCUGUACACAGAUAGUGCAGAAAGGGUGAAUAGUGAGCUUUUAGGUAGAGACAACAGCAAUGAGAGAAUUCCUGCUCAAACCCUGUGAGGAUUUACAUCGUAUAACUGUUUGCGUUAUUAUUUUCCAAAAUGUGAAUUGCAACUGUUAAAAAUUGUCCAAAUUGUUCCUAUGAUUGUGUUGUCUUAUUCUUUCAUCUAUCCCUGACAACUCUCUCUGCAGACAUAAUGAGGAGUGUGUCCGAAUACUUAGCCAGACCCCCCGCUAACUUGUUAGUCAGACAACCCUCAUGGUGGCUGCAACUUUUUGAUCAUCAGAUGUUGUCCUUGGGUCAUCCAACAGCAAACCGGCAUCACGCAGGCCUUCCAGGUACAGCUGGCUUGCCCAUGUCUCCUUGGGGCCAUAAAUUACGUAGCUCGUCUCAUCUGCUGCAGGCUUCAUCUGCUCUAAUAGACCUCAGAGAGUCUUUCACCAUCUUGUAAUCAUGACAGAGAUGUCAACGUGUUAGAGAAGAUUUACAGCAGAUUCUCACUUGUAGAGAUUGUGAAAUGUACUUGCAGCUGUGCUGCAUGGUUAUCAUUCCUAACACAGUGAUACUCGAGUAAAAGAGGAAACUUUCAUGUUAAGAGGCUGGACUACAUGACAAUCAAAAUAACCCAGUGGUGAAAAAAAAAAACCCUAUAAAAACAUGUAACUCAUUACAUGUACACCAAUAAGUAAAUGAGCACACACUUGUUUCCCUGAAGGCCUGUUCUUUUAUGAUAAUGCGCCAAUUCAGAAGUUGUUUUUAGUAUUUGUUGUUUGUUGUUGUAGUCUUGAUGUCUUUGUUGGUGCCACAAGUACCUCAAAUAUCUGAUUAAAGAUUGGUCUGAUUUUAAAA